GGACAACCGACGAUAAUUAUGCACGGGGUGAAGCGCGUCCGACAUUCCCCAGAGGCGCUUGCAGCCAAGAAGGCUAAGGAACAGGACAAGAUCAAGGAUUAUCUAGCUCUCACGGAUGAAAUACUAGGGAAGAGAGAUGCAGGCGAUUUAUCUCGAGAAGCUUUCGAUCUCACCACUCGUAUCCUUCAAAUGAACCCCGAGUUCUACACAGUAUGGAACUACCGCAGAAACAUCCUUCUCGGCAAUAUAUUUCCGUCGAGCACGCCAGUACAGACCAACGAUCUUCUGACGGAAGAACUGUCCAUGACCACAGUAGCCCUCAAGCUACACCCGAAAGUCUAUUGGAUCUGGAAUCACCGCCGAUGGUGUCUGCUCAAUGUACCCGACGGACCGAAUGAUCAUGUGAAUGGUUGGAGGCAGGAGAAUUGGGAUAAGGAAAUGUUCGUGGUGAACAAGAUGCUUGAUGUAGAUCCACGGAACUUCCAUGCAUGGAGUUACAGACGCCACAUCCUUGCCAACAUGCCCGUGGCUCGGCCCGAUGCGGAGGAGCUAGCCUACACCACACACAAGAUCGAGUCUAAUUUCUCCAACUUCAGCGCUUGGCAUCACCGGACCAAGCUACUGACGUCUUUAUGGGCUAGCGGUGAACUAAAUCGUGUCGAAACGAAGGAAGAAGAAUAUGAAUUGGUACACAAUGCCAUGUACACGGAUCCCAGUGACCAGAGUGUCUGGAUCUACCACCGCUGGCUAGUAGGCACAGACGAGGACGUGCCUGUGCUCGAAAGGGAAAUGUCGAUCAUCCAGGAACUACUCGAUGAGCAACCCGAUAGCAAAUGGUGCAUGGAGUCCUUGGUCCAUUAUAAGCGCAUGCUUCUGCUGCGGGAUGCUUCGCGCGAUGUUGAAGCUACGAAGGAUGAAUGUCGUCAUCUACUACAGGAACUCAAGACGUUGGAUCCUGCUCGCCGCAAAAGAUAUGAGGAGAUGGAACAACAGCUCUGAUAGAUCGCGAUCUGCCCCAAGAACCGGGAAAGUGGCAAUGGGAACGUCAAAUAUAUCCUAUUUCCAGCAUACAACAUCUAUCAUACAUCUUCAAAAGUCGUGGACGGACGCUGUUGAGCGAAGGCUGUUUAGCACUUGCACUCGCCAGGCUUGCACUGGCACCUGUGGGAUGGAUCAGUGACAUGCGGAAGGAGAUCGCAACCACUGACGAGGCACCGCAAGUGCAACUGCUCUGUCCGCAGUGCUGCGAGACGGGGGUCUGGAUGGACUGAGUGAAUGCAUCAGUAUCGGGCGGCAUUGUGACUGGAGUCAGCACAUACAGCGAUCAUGUUGGUUGGAGUGGUUGAGUGGUUGGGAGCUUAGUUGGUUAUGGGUUCUGGAGAGAAGGGCUAAUGAGCCUCUGCUUUUUAUAUCAUGUCUCCCGGUAUUUACCGCUGUUACUACAUGAUCUGCUGACACAGCUGUUCAAGAAACCGCGCCUCCACAAAAUCGCUCAGUAACGUGACCCCGUUGUAGUAACGUGACUGAUGGCAGUGCCGCUCAUGAUCACAAGUUGAUUUGGGCGCCAACUACAUAUUUCUGUACCAGACUAAGUUCAAAGUUCCGCGGGCCGUCCAAGCCUGAAGGAGGAUUAAGCUGCAGAUCGAAUCGUCAUCCAUUGACAAAUCGGGGCCGCACAAUGACCUCAAUGCGAGCUAAUUGCCCCAAGUUGCAGUCGAACGAGAGGCUUAAAGUAGUAAGAUGUGAACAGAGAGUGCGU